AGCCUAUAGGGUUUCAACGAACGGUAUGGAUGCCCCAAAAUCAGAUAUAGCCUAUAGCCAUGAACGACGACACAAAAAUCUCCGCUGAGGACGGGAUUUCCGAAAAUCAAGAAGAAAAGGAUCAACAAAUCUCCGUGGAAGAAGAGGGAGGAGACAUGGAGGUGGACGAGGCAAGCGAAGGCGAGGACGAUGAAGCGAGAAGGGGCCUCGAGGGAGAAGACUUCACGCAGAUUUUCAGGGUCGGGGAUCGCGAUUUUUGGGAGACUGAGAAUUUCUCCAAGUGGAGCAGAUUGAAUUGGCUCUGUUUCUCUCGGGAUUACGAUAUGGAUGAUUCCUUCUUUGAUCUAUCUACAGAAGCGUUCGAUCCCGGGGAUGAUCCCCGUUCCGGAAGACGCUUUGAGCUAAAGAUGGGCCAUUCGUUAUUGGACUACCCUUCGGACGCACCAUGGGCAGACUGGUAUUUCAAUGAAGCUAGUGAUGGUGCCAGAGUAGCCAUUGACUUUUUCAACAAGCAAAACAAGAUGGGAGAAACUUUUGAGUUUCAUAAGGUGACCAUGAUGAGAAUGGGUUUACAUUUUCAUAAACCUCGCGGCAGAGUAUACUUCAUUGUAAUUAAGGCAACACAUGUUGAUGAUGUUUCGCGGACGAAAGGACUGCAAGCCUCCUUAUUUCGACCUUUUGAAAACAAGAAAGUUUGGUAUUUGAGGGCCCUGAGGUGGGCGAUAUACUCUCCGUAGUUUUUGAGAAGAGAAGAAGAACAACAAAGAGAUUCAAUAGAGGUACAAAAUGUCCAAGCAUCUCCCGAAGAGCUUUGUGGUAGUGGGAGCACAACGAAUGCAACUUGCAGCUCAAAGGGAAAAAAAAUUAAUUUCUGAUGUUUGGCAGAAUAUGGAUAGAGAAGUUUUGGGAGGUGGGAACAUUCGUGCAACUUGUCAUCACUGUCAUAAGGUUUUUACUGCUAAUAGUACUAAUGGCACAUCUCAUCAAAAGGCAUAUUGAUCGUUGUUCUGCACGUAAGUAUCGUGAUUUAAAAAACUUUUGCAUUAGUAAUAGUGUGACAAUUGGACCAGAGACUAGUACAAGUUUGUCACUAAACAGACCUUUACCUAGUUUGGAUGCAAUUUGUGAGGCUUGAAUAUUAUGCUUCUUGUGCACAACCAUUUAGUAUGGUGGAGUCUCCAGGAUUUAAGUAUUUUAUGAGUGUUGUUGCCCCUCAUUUCCAUCAAAUAAGUAGGACUACAAUUCAGAGAGAUAUAUUGAGUCAAUAUAAGAAGCAUAAGCUUAUUGUUCAUGAAGAGUUGCAAUGUGCUCCAGGCCGUAUAAGUUUCACUACAGAUAACUGGAGGAGUGAACAUACGGGUGAUGAGUUUAUGUGCAUAACUGCACAUUGGAUUGAUAGACAAUGGAAACUACAAAAGAGAAUCAUAAAAUUUGGUGCUUUAUCUCCUUCACUUGAUGGUGCUUCUCUUGCUGAUGAGGUUUUACUGAGUUUGGGUGAUUGGAAAAUAUCUGAAAAGGUAUUUUGUUUUACAGUCGAUAAUGCAUCCUAUAAUGACACUAUGAUUUCUUCUCUUAAAAGGCACUUGUUAAGGAAAAAUUCUUUGAUGUUGCGAGGGGAUUUUUUUACAUCCGGUGCUCUUGCCACAUAAUUAAUUUGAUUGUGCAAGCUGGUUUGAAAUUGAUUGAUGUUGCUGUCAUUAAGAUACGGAAGAUUGUGUCACAUUUGAGACAUUCCAUGCCUAAAAACAAGAAGUUCUACGAGAUUGCUUCCACUAAUUUUGCGCUAAACACUACCAAGAAGUUGCGUUUAGACAUGCCCAUUAGAUGGAAUUCUACUUUCACCAUGUUAGAUCGAUUUAUAUAUUUUCGUGAUGCUAUUGAUAGUUUUGUUAAUAAGAACUUAGAUAUGAAGGACUAUGCUCUAAGUGAAGAAGAGUGGUCAAAAGUAUCUUUGCUUAAGAAGUUCUUGCAAGUAUUUUAUGAUGUAACCAAUGAAUUUUCAGCUUCUAAGUCUCCAACCUCGAAUAUAUACUUUUGUGGAGUGUGGAAAAUUCAUAGGAUGCUACUUAAGGUAGAAGCUGGCCCUCCUAGUAUUUUAUCUACAAUGGUGGAUAAAAUGGAAAUUAAGUUUGAUAAGUAUU